AUGGAUUCGACAGAUGCCCAGGCGGUGCCUCCGCCCUCUCCGCCCUCUCAGGCUCAAGCGGAACCAACAGAGAUGCCGGCCGAGGCACCCAGCACGGCCUCGCCUCCGCCCUCGAAACCGAUACAUACCCUGAUUCUCGACACCGGUCCUCUUAUCAAGAACGAUCCUCCACUCAGCACUCUGCUCGCCCAGGCUGAGGAGCUAUACACAUUGCCUUCCGUUCUACCCGAGAUCAAGGACGCCGCAACGAGAGCGAGGGUUGAGACUCAGCUUCUCCCGUUCCUCAAGCUGCGGAGCCCCAAGCCUGAGAGCGUCAAGUUCGCCACCGAUUUUGCCCGCCGUACUGGCGAUCUCGAGGUUCUCAGCCGACCUGAUCUGCACUUGAUUGCUCUGGCAUACGAGCUGGAAUGCGAACGCAACGGAGGAGACUGGCGGCUACGGAAUGAACCGAAUCAGAAGAGGCUGAACGGCAGGUCGCCGGCACAGCUCGCCAAGGAUGCUGAGGCUGCAGAGUCUGCGCAGUUGGCGACGGUGGAGGACGGCGACCACCCACAUCCCGAGGCUGUUGAUACUUCCAAAACAGAGGUGCCGGCAGAGAACCCCGAGGUAGAGGCCAAGGAGACGCAAAGUCCCGUGGCCGAGUUCGUAGAGCAGGCGAACGAGGGAGUAGAUCCUGUCAUCGGCCAGGAGGCUGUCACACACCAACUGGACGCCCUGACGCUGGACCCGGAGAAGGAUGUAGACCCAGAUCAACCACCAGCCCAGGAAUGUAGUACGGAAGAGAAUGCCGGUGCGGAGGAGGACGACGAUGAAGACGGCUGGAUCACCCCUUCGAAUCUCAAACAGCAUCAGCAGAGAGACCAGAAAUCAGCUCCAGAGCAGCCAUUCCAGAGAGUCUUGCAGGUGGCCCUCCUCACCUCGGAUUACGCCAUGCAGAACGUCCUUCUGCGCAUCAACCUGAACCUCGUCUCCCCGAGCCUCGCGCGGAUCACCCGAGUCAAGACGUGGGUGCUACGUUGCCACGGGUGCUUCCAGAUCACUCGUAACAUGAGCAAGCAGUUCUGCCCCAAGUGUGGACAGCCGACCCUCACGCGAGUGAGUUGCUCGACGGACCAGAGCGGCAACUUCCAGGUCCAUCUCAAGAAGAACUUUCAGUGGAACAACCGAGGAAACGUCUACAGCGUGCCCAAGCCGGUCCACGGAACGGCCAACGGCAAGUAUAGAAACCAGGGCGGCGGCAAGAACGGAUGGGGCAGAGAGCUGCUUUUGGCCGAGGACCAGAAGGAAUAUUCCCAGAAGGUCGACGCCGACAAGAGGACGAGGCAGAGGGAUCUGAUGGACGAGGAUUAUCUGCCGAGCAUCCUGAGCGGAAGUAGACAGGGCGGCCAGGGAAGGAUACGGGUCGGCGCAGGGCGAAAUGUGAAUGCGAGGAAGAGAAAUUAA